UUCAUUCACGCAAAUUUCAAUCAUGCUAUAUUUAUAUUAAUGGAUGCGUGUUCUACACGUGAUAAACACAUAUUUUUCUCAAAAAUUAAACUUAUCGGAAUCUAACAGUUGUAAAAUUAAAUACAUAUAUGUUAAGCUUUAAUAAUGGAAUCUCUCCAAGAAAUUUCUCAAUAUUUAUGUCUUGAUGCACGAUUGGAUUUAAAAGCUAUUGCAUUGAAAUAUAUACUCGGCGUAACAGCAACUGCUGAUGGUCGAGAACUUUUGUUGAAGUUACCAGAAAUAUUGAAACAGCUUGUUAUUCUCCUGCAAGAUUCUUCCGCUCCUAUUAGAAAGGAUGCUGCAUUGACAUUGGUAAAUAUUACUGGAGAUGAAUCAGGAACCAAUGCGAUGCUGAUUAUCUCAGAGUCAAGCAAUUCAAUGAAGGAACAAGAAUAUAGCCUUAAUUUAAUAAAAAUUUGUAUAAGGAUUGUAAUGGAUAAAUCCAGCACUUUGGCGGAUCCAUGUUGUAUGAUACUUUCCAAUAUGACUAGACCGCUUUAUUUAGUAGACAGAAUCAUAGCAUUAAUUGAACAAAGUGGUUAUUCUUGGGAUGCAAUAGUGGCUGCAUUUACUGCUAAGCACUAUAAUACUAUGGGUGCUAAAUUGCAUUAUCUUGGACCUGUUUUUAGCAAUCUCAGUCAAUCGUCACAUGUAAGAAGGUAUUUGAUGGAUCGAGAUCGGUGCGUUAUUCAACGGUUUCUUUCAUUCGUAGAAUAUUCUGAUAGUAUAAUUAGACGAGGCGGUGUUAUUGGUACUUUGAAAAAUUGUACUUUUGAUACUGAAAAUCAUGAAUGGUUGCUGAGCUCGGAAGUGGAUUUAUUAUCAUAUUUAUUGUUACCGCUUGCUGGUCCAGAAGAAUUUGACGAUGAAGAUAAUGAUAAAUUGCCAAUUAAUUUGCAGUAUCUUCCCGAAACAAAGACUCGAGAAUCUGAUCCGGAUAUAAGACUUAUGCUUUUAGAAGCAUUGAACCAACUCUGUGCGACAAAAGUGGCAAGAGAAAUAUUGAGGGAGAAAAAUACAUAUAUCAUACUUAGAGAACUUCACAAAUGGGAAAAAGACAAGAAUUGUUUAUUAGCAUGUGAAAAUGUCGUGGAUGUCCUGAUAAAAACCGAGGAAGAAAUCGGCUUAGACAACUUGAAGGAAGUAAAUGUGCCGUCCGAGUAUACGGAGAAGUUUCAUAAGAUGAGUAAAGACUUUAUUAACAAUACAUAAUGCAAAAGUUAAUAUAAAUAUGUAUAAUAUUUUGUAAAUAUUG